AUGGAAGCAUAUGUGCCUGACUUUCCUUUAGCCUCCUGAUAGCCUACUCUGAGCAGACAGAAGACAACAAAGUUGACUAGGGACACUUUAUCAGCAUACGACAACAAAUACUUCACAGUUCCUCAAAACCGACCUUCCUUGCACACUAGCAGAAUCAAUGGAGCUUUUGAACCAUCUGGCUAUACGGAGUCCUGCAGCAGCAGUUCUAUUAUAAACAACUACCUGGACGGGACUCAAGGAGGGGCUGCAGACAGGAGGUCUCCAAGUGGCAUGCAUUUCAGGGACAACAAGAAAAAGGUGGACUAUGUUCUAGCCUACCACUACCGAAAAUGCAUUCCUCAGCACCAGCCUGGCUCUGGCACACUGGAGCCCAUGCACAGUUCAGCCUCUUUGGCCAUAGUUUCAAAUGGAGAGACUGGGAAAAGCUGCCUUGAACAGCAGCAGCAGAGCUGUGGGCAGUAUGUGCUGCCAGAGCAGCCGGGACUGCUAGGGGCUCAGAUGGCAGAGCUCAGCCCAGUGGAUGCCUUGGAGGAAGAAAAACGAGUUCAGAGAGAGGAAUACGAACGCAAUCUGGUGGAAGCUGGGCUGGAUAUAGAAAAAGAUAUUGAGAAUAAGAGCCAAGGAUUGAUCUUUGUGCGCAUACACGCACCUUGGCAUGUACUUAGUCGAGAAGCAGAACUCCUUAAAAUAAAAAUGCCCACUAAGAAGAUGUACGAAAUCAAAGAAGAGGGAGAAAUACUGAAGAAGCUAAAUGAAAUAUGGUGCAAAUUGACUGAGCCUCUGCAACCCCAGGUGCCACAACAAGAAAAUACCAAGAUGAAAAACCUGUCCUACCCAUUUUCUAGAGAGAAAAUAUAUUUGUAUAACAUUAAAGACAAAGACACUUUUUUUGACAAUGCUACCCGCAGCCGAAUAGUACAUGAAAUUUUAAAACGCACACCUACAAAGGCCAGAAACAGCAUGGGUAUUACCACAUUAAUAGCAAACAAUGUUUAUGAUGCAGCAUACCCACUUCAUGAUGGUGAAUAUGAAGGCCAAAAUGAUGAAAUGAAUGAAAGAAAGUUGCUGUAUCGAGAAUGGGCAAGAUAUGGAGUAUUUUACAAGUUUCAGCCUAUUGACCUCAUAAGAAAGUAUUUUGGAGAAAAAAUAGGACUUUAUUUUGCAUGGCUGGGCUUAUAUACAGAAUUCCUCAUUCCAUCUUCAGUAAUUGGGAUUAUUGUAUUUCUUUAUGGUUGUAUAACCAUUGAGAGUGACAUUCCCAGCAAAGAAAUGUGUGACCAACAUAAUGCCUUCAUCAUGUGCCCUCUGUGUGACAAGUUUUGUGACUACUGGAACCUCAGCUCUGCAUGUGCUACAGCUCGGGCGAGCCACUUAUUUGACAACCCUGCCACUGUCUUCUUCUCCAUCUUUAUGGCUCUCUGGGCUACCAUGUUCCUUGAGCAAUGGAAACGUUUGCAAAUGAGAUUGAGUUACUUCUGGGAUCUAACUGGCCUGGAGGAAGAAGAAGAGCAUCCUAGACCUGAGUAUGAAACCAAACUGCUACAGAAAAAGCUCAAAAUUAAAAACACAACAAGAGAAAAUGGAAAUGAAGAUGAAAAGAAGAAGCUGACAUGGAGAGACCGUAUGCCUGGAUAUCUAGCAAACUUUUCACUGAUUUUAUUUAUGAUAAUGCUGACAUUUUCAGCAGUGUUUGGUGUGAUUGUGUACCGAAUUACUACAGCAGCAGCUUUGUCAUUCAGCACAAAUGAGACAACCAGGUCAAAUGUUCGAGUGAUUGUGACUGCAACUGCUGUCAUUAUUAACCUGGUUGUGAUACUUAUCCUUGAUGAAAUUUAUGGAGCUGUUGCCAAAUGGCUGACAGAAAUUGAGGUACCAAAAACAGAAAAAACGUUUGAGGAGAAACUGAUUUUGAAGGCAUUCUUAUUAAAGUUUGUGAACUCUUAUGCACCAAUUUUUUAUGUUGCCUUUUUUAAAGGAAGAUUUGUUGGCCGCCCUGGUUGUUAUGUAUAUAUGUUUGAUGGUUAUCGAAUGGAAGAGUGUGCUCCUGGAGGCUGUUUGAUGGAACUCUGCAUUCAGCUAAGCAUCAUUAUGCUUGGAAAACAACUGAUUCAAAACAAUCUCUUUGAAAUUGGAAUCCCGAAGUUAAAGAAACUCUUCAGGAAGAUGAAGGAUGAAAGAACUGAGCCAAGGGAAAACAACACCAACCAGUCAAAGGACCCUCAGCAGUGGGAUCUUGACUACAGCUUGGAACCUUUCACUGGACUGACUCCAGAAUAUAUGGAAAUGAUUAUCCAGUUUGGCUUUGUCACGCUCUUCGUUGCCUCCUUCCCGCUGGCACCGCUCUUUGCUCUUCUGAAUAACAUCAUAGAAAUUCGACUUGAUGCAAAGAAGUUUGUUUCUGAGCUCAGGAGGCCAGACACAGUAAGAGCAAAAGAUAUAGGAAUUUGGUAUAACAUUUUGAGUGGUAUUGGAAAGCUUUCAGUUAUCAUUAAUGCUUUUGUAAUUUCCGUCACAUCUGAUUUCAUUCCACGUCUUAUGUAUCAAUAUGCAUACAGUCAAAAUGGAACCAUGCAUGGCUUCAUCAAUCACACGCUCUCCUACUUCAAUGUCAGUCAUCUCAAGGCUGGAACACAGCCAGAAAACUCCCCAUUUGCACAGGAUGUUUUAUUCUGCAGGUUUAAAGAUUACAGAGAACCACCUUGGUCCCAAAACCCAUAUGAGUUUUCUAAACAAUACUGGGCAGUCUUAUCUGCUCGCUUGGCUUUUAUUAUUCUAUUUCAGAAUUUAGUGAUGUUCCUCAGUGUUUUGGUUGACUGGAUGAUUCCUGACAUCCCCAAGGACAUCAGUGAACAAAUCAAAAAGGAGAAAAGUAUACUUGUUGACUUCUUCCUGAAGGAAGAGCAUGAAAAGCUGAAGCUGAUUGAAAGCUUUAUCACACGUGACAAGCACAGACACCAAAGUGGAACAAAAGGCCAAAGGAUCCGAGCUGCCAGUUUCUGCCAGUUUAGUCGAAGUCAGAAAGGCAGCCUUGCCUCCUUUAGCUCACAGCACACAGAAGUGUGA